GUUUGCUUUUUUGUUUUCUUGGUCAAGAUUCUCCAGAGGAGACCCCUCCAGCCACUCAGAGCUUUAUCAUUCCGAAAAAGGAGAUCCACACAGUUCCGGACAUGGGUAAAUGGAAGCGUUCUCAGGCAUACGCCGACUACAUCGGAUUCAUCCUUACCCUCAACGAAGGUGUGAAGGGGAAGAAGCUGACCUUCGAGUACAAAGUCUCUGAGGCCAUUGAGAAACUGGUCGCUCUUCUCAACACUCUGGACAGGUGGAUUGAUGAGACUCCACCAGUGGACCAGCCCUCUCGAUUUGGGAACAAGGCCUUCAGGACCUGGUAUGCCAGACUUGACCAGGAAGCAGAAAACUUGGUGGCCACAGUGGUCCCCACCCAUCUGGCAGCUGCUGUGCCUGAGGUGGCUGUUUACCUAAAGGAGUCAGUGGGGAACUCCACGCGCAUCGACUAUGGCACAGGACACGAAGCAGCCUUUGCUGCUUUCCUCUGCUGUCUCUGCAAGAUUGGGGUGCUCCGGGUAGACGACCAAAUAGCUAUUGUCUUUAAGGUGUUCAAUCGGUACCUUGAGGUGAUGCGGAAACUCCAGAAAACAUACAGGAUGGAGCCAGCCGGCAGCCAGGGAGUGUGGGGCCUGGAUGACUUCCAGUUUCUGCCCUUCAUCUGGGGCAGCUCACAGCUGAUAGAUCACCCGUACCUGGAGCCCAGGCACUUUGUGGAUGAGAAGGCCGUGAACGAGAACCACAAGGACUACAUGUUCCUGGAGUGUAUCCUGUUCAUCACCGAGAUGAAGACGGGCCCCUUUGCUGAGCACUCCAACCAGUUGUGGAACAUCAGCGCUGUCCCCACCUGGUCCAAAGUGAACCAGGGCCUCAUCCGCAUGUAUAAGGCCGAGUGCCUGGAGAAGUUCCCCGUGAUCCAGCACUUCAAGUUCGGCAGCCUGCUGCCCAUCCACCCCGUCUCACUGUGCUAGGAGGGGCUGAGUUCGCAGUUCCGGUGUCUGCACCUCCCGCCCCAGCUAUGGUCCCCUCCCCCUCCCCUCUGUUCUUUCUGUUUGAUGAGAGGCUGUCUGUUGGGGUGGGUAGUGGGUGCGGGUCGAGGAGGGCUCAGGGCAUAAGGCUGAAAUACUCAAGUUGGGAGAAGUGACCAAAGUGUGGCCAGUUUCCUGACUCCGCCAGGUGGCUGGUCCCUGGGCCGUGCCCACCCUAGCCUGCCUCUCCUCUGUCCCGUCCAGUUUUGAGAUCCAGGCUGUUCUGGGCCACUGCCCCCAGGGAGGGAGGGAUUUCGCUGAUUUUGUUGCUCUC